AUGGCGAACACAAAAGCAACAAAGCAAGCUCUACUCGAGCACAAAGUCAUACCAGACGUCCUCCCCGACACCAUCAACCCCUCCUACAACCUAAUUCUAGAAUGGCCAAACGCCAAACUCGACACACCAGGCAAAGAACUCAAAAAUGCCGACACGAAAGAAGAACCAAAAGUUUUCAUCGACCCUGCACCCACCUCGACCCUAGAUAACCUCGUCUUAAUGAUGGUCGACCCGGACCUCAUGACAAACAACGACACAACCUUCGGCCAAGUCCGCCAUUGGCUCAUCACAAACCUCUCCAGCGAACCCUCAGGAAGCCUCUCCUACUCUACCGCCGCUAUACGCUCCCCCUACGUACGCCCCGCUCCCCUCCCCAACUACAUCUCCCCGCGCCCCCACCGCUACAUAUUCGUCCUCGCACGUAGCGCCAGUACGAUCGAAGUCCGCCCGGAGGAUCUUCGUGAGAUGCAGAAGGGGUAUACGGCUGCGGUGCAGGGGAAACAGGGUAAGAUGCAGGAUUUGAAGGAUCGGUGGGGUUUAAUGCGUGGAAGCUGUGUGAGGAGAAGGGGUUGGAGGUGCUGGCGGUGA